AUGUCUUGUAGAUUCAUCCGUACAAAAUUCGCCCUGGCAGAGGCGUUAGAACGCAAACAACCGUCUGUUGUGUCUCCUGAGUACGUAUGGGGUAGCCGCAGCCUCAACGCCUGUUACGAAGCUGUCUUCCACCUUUACCGUGGCUUCAUUGGAUCCCCUCACUUCGCCUCUGUUUGCCGCCUUUUGGGCUAUCAAGGCAUCUUUAUAAUCUUCACAGAAAUCCUGAAAGUAUGCAAGUCGCUGGUGAGUUCCGCGGGCACUUUUAUACUUUAUCCCCCCCCUAAUCCCCAAAAAGAGAUUUUUGGCCAAACUAGUCCAUCGUUAUAUGCACUACUUCUUGUCUCUAUUGACGAUAAUGAUUUAACGCCCGUAACCACCUCUACCGGUUUGCUUCAUGUUUUAGCUGUCAGGUACUACAAAGUUGUCGUCUCCCACUCGUUUCGGGAGAUAUGGCUUUAG